CUCACUCUCCAUCCCUUUCUGCAUCAGUUGAAUCCUUUUGGCUUUAUAUUUGUCUUUCCUUGUCUCUUGCACUCGCAAUCUCCUCCAUUCUCCAUUACUAUAAAAUAAAAAAUAAAAACAAAAUCCAUCCCUUGAUAUCCCUUCGCUCGCUGCUCAGCCCAGUGUAUCAAAUAUUAUUAUUUUAAUUAUUUAAUAAUGUUAUUGAUUUAGUAGUGGUGUUAUUAUUAAUGGUUCUGUUUCUCUUGGUCCUCAGAAGUUAAGUAUAGAUUUGUGAUUGAGCUUCACAAAUCGCAAUCACAGCUCACGCAGGUUUUUUUUUUUUUUUUUACAGUGGCGACAGCUUUUAAGUCUCAACGACAAAGCCGCAUCUCUUCAUUUUUUUAUACUUAUUUAUACACACUGAGUUACUAACUAACUAUGCUAUAGCUAAGAUACGGAGUAAUACUAAGAAUAAUAGAUUAAUUUAUAGAUAGGCCCUCCUCCCAGCUCCGUCUUUUCCAAAUGUUGUGCAAGAAAUGUCGUGAAUGAUGGAUUUGGCUUCAUCAACCUUCUUCUGUUUAUUUUUAUUUUAUUUAUUUCUUCCAUUGUUUUAGUCAACAAUUUCUUAAUUCAGUUUGAAAGAAAGAAACGCCGACCAUGGGCUCCGAGCAGAACAGAUUCCCUCAGCAAGAACGGCGAAAGAGAUGGGGAGGGUGUUGGGGGGCAUUUUCCUGUUUUGGUACACAGAAAGGUGGAAAGCGUAUUGUACCUGCAUCUCGUAUUCCUGAGGGCAAUGCAUCAGCCACCCAGCCAAAUGGACCUCAAGCUGUCGGGUUGACCAACCAAACUACUACCUUAGCUCCAUCACUUCUAGCACCACCUUCUUCUCCGGCAUCCUUUACAAAUUCCGCACUCCCUUCAACAGCUCAAUCACCAAGUUGCUUCUUGUCAUUAUCUGCUAACUCACCUGGAGGGCCAUCAUCCACAAUGUUUGCCACUGGACCAUAUGCCCAUGAGACACAACUAGUUUCUCCUCCUGUUUUCUCAACCUUUACAACUGAGCCCUCAACUGCUCCGCUCACUCCCCCUCCUGAGUUGGCCCACCUGACUACUCCCUCUUCACCAGAUGUUCCUUUCGCGCGGUUCUUGACAUCUUCUGCAGAUCUUAAAAGUUCUGAUAAGAAUAAUUAUAUUGCUGCAAAUGAUCUUCAAUCUACAUACUCACUCUACCCUGGGAGUCCUGCCAGUAGCCUCAUAUCUCCAAUCUCUAGGACCUCAGGUGAUUGUUUGUCGUCAUCCUUUCCUGAACGGGAGUUUCAUCCACAGUGGGAUCCUUCAAUUUCUCCCCAGAAUGGCAAACAUUCAAGGAGUGGUUCUGGCAGGCUAUUUGAGCAUGAUGUAACUGGUUCCUCCAUAGUGUCUCAAGAUACAAAUUUCUUCUGUCCUGCUACAUUUGCACAAUUCUAUCUGGAUCAAAAUCCACUUCCUCAUGCUGGUGGGAGAUUAAGUGUUUCCAAGGAUUCAGAUGUUUGUCCUACUAGUUGCAGUGGGCAUCAAAAUAGGCAAAGUAGAAGUCCUAAGCAAGAUGUGGAAGAACUUGAAGCGUACAGAGCUUCGUUUGGAUUUAGUGCAGAUGAAAUUAUCACUACUACUCAAUAUGUGGAGAUUACUGAUGUUACAGAGGACUCGUUUACCAUGACACCUUUUCCUACAGACAAACCUUCUUUUGAAGAAAGUGUGGAACUCACAUCAAUUGGCAAGGGACUAAAUACAGAGAAAAUCGAGGAAAACUUGCUGGCUGAGAAGAAACGUAAAUCAAAACCUGAAUUUGUUAAUGAGGUUGUACACCAUGACGUGCAACUGUCAUGCAAUGGAUUCGAAGAUCACAAAUCAAGGAGGCAGGUGAGUAAUGUCACUGGAUCAAAUACGCCUGUCAACCAUACCCUGACUGAUGAAGAGGGUAUAUAUUUGAAGAAGUGUUCAUCAAGGAGCAGGAAAUAUCAUCUGGGGUUAUCAAGCUCGGAUGCGGAGAUUGACUACAGGAGGGGAAGAAGCUUAAGAGAAGGCAAAGGGGAUUUUGCGUGGCACAACUGAAGGACCACAGUAGAAACAAGUUAUGAGCUGCUUGUCCUAUGUAGUAAACUGCAGGUUUCUUUUGUUAUAACUUGUGUUUAAGGGUUCUUUUAUGAUAGGUGGAAUGGAAUGAUCUUAACUUGUGAUCUAACCAGUUGUUCCCUUUCUUUGUUG